AUGCAGUUCCUCCCACCUCCCACCCCAAAGGGCACCAAGACUGAAAUGGAUGCUAAAAACCCAAGGAAAUGCAGUUUGACAUCCUUCCCGAUUUUGAAAACAAGAAAGAAACAAAAUCUCACCUCCGUGAAGGUUGAGAGUAAGCCUUUGCUUCAAAUCCAGAAGCCACCUUCCAAGGUCAAGAGCUUCAGGAUGACCCAAUUCUUGAAUAAGAACAGAAACACCACCUUUACGUCACUGCCUUUCGUGGACACCAAGGGGAAGAAGAACAUGGUGAACUUCCCACGCAUCAGCAGUAAACUCCCGCUAAAGCAACCCCUGCUGCAUCACGAGAAUCAAACUCACAGCCAGGGGUCGUCCUCUGAGCUCAAGCCUUCAGAAACACCCUUCCCUUCGAACAUUAAAACCCAAGAUCCCAAACCAAAGGAGAAGCCGCCAAAGAAGCGCAAGCGGAAGGUGCCUCUGAGAGCGGCAGAGGCCCUAAAGUUUUUUAAGAACCAGCUGUCUUCUUAUGAGCAAAGUGAAGUCCUGGGCUACACAGAGCUGUGGUUCCUGGGGCUGGAAGCUGAGAAACUCCACAUGGCUCCUGAUAAAUUCAGCAAGACAAGUUUCGAUGAUAAACAUGGCUCCUACAUGAAGGUCCUGCAUGACCACAUUGCCUACCGCUACGAGGUUCUGGAGAUGAUCGGGAAAGGGUCCUUUGGACAGGUGGCCAAGUGCUUGGAUCAUAAAAACAAUGAGUUGGUGGCCUUGAAAAUCAUCAGGAACAAGAAGAGAUUUCACCACCAGGCCCUGGUGGAGCUGAAGAUCCUGGAAGCUCUCAGAAGGAAGGACAAAGACAACACCUACAACGUGGUACACAUGAAGGACUUCUUCUACUUCCGCAACCAUCUCUGCAUCACCUUUGAACUCCUGGGAAUCAACUUGUACGAGCUGAUGAAGAAUAACAGCUUCCAAGGCUUCAGUCUCUCGAUAGUUCGGCGCUUCACCCUCUCUGUUUUGAAGUGUUUGCAAAUGCUUUACAUAGAGAAAAUCAUUCACUGUGACCUCAAGCCUGAGAAUAUAGUGUUGUACCAAAAGGGCCAAGUCUCUGUUAAAGUUAUUGACUUUGGAUCAAGCUGUUACGAACACCAGAAAGUCUACACCUACAUCCAAAGCCGGUUCUACCGAUCCCCAGAGGUGAUCCUAGGCCAUCCCUACAACAUGGCCAUUGAUAUGUGGAGCCUGGGCUGCAUCAUGGCCGAGCUGUACACGGGCUACCCCCUGUUCCCUGGGGAGAACGAGGCGGAGCAGCUAGCCUGCAUCAUGGAGGUGCUGGGCUUGCCGCCAACCCACUUCAUCCAGACGGCCUCCAGGAGACAGACAUUCUUUGAUUCCAAAGGUUUUCCUAAAAAUAUAACCAACAACAGGGGGAAAAAAAGAUACCCGGAUUCCAAGGAUCUCACCAUGGUGCUGAAAACCUACGACACCAGCUUCCUGGACUUUCUGAGAAAGUGUUUGGUCUGGGAGCCUUCUCUUCGCAUGACCCCUGACCAGGCCCUCAAGCAUGCUUGGAUUCAUGAGCCGCGGAACCUCAAAGCACAGCCCAGGCUUCAGACCUUGAGGCAAACCAGUCUCUGUUUCCCCUCUGAGGCCAGGAAGGACAAGGUUCAAGGGCAGCAUCACUUGGGCAAAAAAGAGGUGAUCCUUCAAAUAGAGACUAAAGACAAAAUCAAAGGCGGCGCCACUAAACAGGAUCAGAAUUCAGGUAAUCAGCAGGGCUCUGUCCAGCACACAGCUGAAGUCGUCCAGCUGCCUCAUCUAGCAGAAGCUUCCGGAAAGCCCGAGGCAGUUGUUGGGCCAGCGGAAUCCAAGAUCUCCACAGGACAACAAAACAAAAACUGCUCCCCCAAGAACACAAACAUUUUACCACCUAUUGUGUGA